AUGUGUUCUCCCCCUUCACCUUCACCUGGCAACCGUAAGACUUGGCCUUUCGUAGGUCUUACGGCCAUUAUUUCGCUCCCUUCCCCUCCAACACACAAGUCCAGCUUUGUCCCAGACCUAGUGAGGCGUUGGGACGACAGGACGCCUGGUGACGUUAACUUAAGUGUGCUUUUCGACUUGCAAGAACUGCCAAACAGCUCGGCCUACCAGCAUCGGCAACAAAGACAAACUCAACCUCACACCUUUCAUCACCUUUUUGUCACUAGUCUUAUUCUUUCGAAGCCCAAUCUGGCCAACAAGAGAGGCAUUUUAACGUCAAGAGAAGAUUGUUCGGUCUCUGCUGGACUCUUGUCCGGUAUUUUCCACAUCCCAAGUGGGAUAAAUGCACAUGCUUGA